CCAAUUUCUGCAACUAUCGUCAUCUGUCUUUCUCCAUUUCUACUCUUCUAAUUAUAUUUCUCUUGAGAAAGUAGUAGUACCAACAAUAUUGUUAAACUUGAGAAAGAUUUUUAGGCCUUUUUUUCUUGUCAAAAGUUGUGGUAAGAGAUUGAUAGAUUUUUUGUUGUUGUUGUUGCUGUUAGCUUGGUGUUUUGACGGUGGCUUAGCUCAAGUUGGGGUUGUAGAGAAGAAGGGAGAGUAGCUAGCAUGGCACCACCUCGAAGAUACGCGUUCGGAAGGCCGGAAGAGGCCACACACCCUGAUUCCAUGAGAGCUACCUUGGCUGAAUUCAUCUCCACUUUAAUCUUUGUCUUUGCUGGCGAGGGUUCCCAGCUCGCUCUCCGGAAGUUAUACGGUGAUGAGGCAACAACGGGAGCCUCAUCGUUGAUGGUGAUAGCUUUGGCACAUGCGUUUGGUUUGUUUGCUGCAGUCGCGGCAAGUUUGAAUGUAUCAGGAGGGCAUGUAAAUCCAGCAGUUACAUUUGGCGCCCUUGUUGGUGGUAGAGUCUCGUUUCUUCGUGCUAUCUUAUAUUGGGUAGCACAACUCUUGGGUGCAAUUGUUGCUGCCCUACUUCUCAGGCUUGUUACUGAUGGCAUGAGACCAGUUGGGCUAGGAGUGGCAUACGGUGAGGGUAAUCUUCAAGCUUUAAUUCUGGAAAUAGUGAUGACAUUUGGUCUAGUGUACACGGUUUAUGCUACCGCCAUUGAUCCAAAGAGAGGCAGCUUAGGGACCAUUGCACCUUUAGCCAUCGCGUUGAUUGUAGGAGCAAAUAUUCUAGUGGGUGGGCCAUUCGACGGAGCAUCAAUGAACCCAGCAAGAGCAUUUGGACCGGCCUUAAUUGGAUGGAGAUGGAGGAAUCACUGGAUCUACUGGGUUGGUCCUUUGAUCGGAGGUGGGCUUGCUGGACUGGUUUACGAGUUUAUUGUGAUCCCUACUGAGCCUCCUCAUGCUCACCAACCUUUGGCACCAGAAGAUUACUAGUUUCGUUGGUCAUAAAAAUGUAAACACUGCAUAGGUCCUUUAUGUUUGCUGGGGUGUUUAAUUUUGUAGUCUUAUUUGAGUCAGUCUUCUUUUGUUGUUGUGUGAAUUCUCUUAAGCUUUGGACUUGUACUUAAGAGGCAUAUACUGUGGUAUGUUGUCUGUAAUAAAAGGUGUCAUUGCGUUUAUAUUCAAUGUUGACCUUAAAUAAUAUGAAUAGCUUCCUUCAGUUGUACUGUC